AUGGACAAGGAUGCUUAUUCCCUGAACAACAACUUCAUUGGGGAAUGCAUGCAGGCCAUCAACAUGUAUUCUGGAGAUGCCAAGAAGAGGUCAUAUGGGGUGCAAGACAAGUACAGGAUGAGUGGGGCUGCAGUGGAGCAGGCAAUACUGGUGGUGCCACAAAGGAUGGAAGAGCUUUUAGCCUCCAAUCCCAUUCUCUGGAUUCUGACCAAAGUCUGGUUGGAAUUUAUGGCUAGACACAUCAGGGCCCUCCAGUUGGCUCAGAUCUCUCUCAAGGAACUGGAACCACCCAACCUUGGGAUUCUGACUGGCAUCAUCUGCCACAUGAUAUGGUGCACGUCCACCACUGCAAUAAUCCUCAACUUCCAUGAUUAUUGCAGUGGUGGACGUGCACCAUAUCAUGUGGCAGAUGAUGCCAGUCAGAAUCCCAAGGUUGGGUGGUUCCAGUUCCUUGAGAGAGAUCUGAGCCAACUGGAGGGCCCUGAUGUGUCUAGCCAUAAAUUCCAACCAGACUUUGGUCAGAAUCCAGAGAAUGGGAUUGGAGGCUAA